UUGUAUUUACAUCUGCAAAUUCCCAUCCAUGACUUCUUCUUCGGGGAGCUUAGACACAUCUGCAAAUUCCCAUCCAUUGGGUUUCAGUUUCUCUACACAUUCCUUCAUGACCACCUCCUUCUCUGACCUUCUUGCAUCCGGUGCCGAUGAUGAACCUGUUAAUACAAAGACUCAGAAUCAUCGGCGUGGGCUUUCGGAUCGAAUUGCUGAGAGAACAGGGUCAGGUGUGCCUAAGUUCAAGUCUAUUCCGCCUCCUUCUUUGCCCCUCUCUCCUCCUGCUGUUUCUCCUUCUUCUUACUUUGCUAUUCCUCCUGGUUUAAGCCCCACUGAGCUUCUGGAUUCUCCAGUAUUGUUGAACACUUCCAACAUUUUGCCAUCUCCAACUACUGGGACAUUCCCAGCUCUGCCUGCAAUCUGGAAGACAAAUUCUGAUAGAAACCAGCAAAAUGUCAAGCAGGAAGACCCAAAUUAUUAUGAUUUCUCUUUCCAACCACAGACAAGGCCUUCCACAAACUCAUCUACGAUGUUUCAAUCUUCAAACACUACAAUUCAAUCUGCACAGCAACAAGGGUGGAGUUUUCAAGAAUCUGUCAAGCAAGAUGAUUUGGCCAUGGGGAAGAAUGUUCGGAGCUUCUCCCCAGAGAUUGCUGCGAUCCAAACCCUCAGAGAACAGCAGCAAAAUCAGUCGGUGAGAGACCAGAAAAGAUCAGAAGACGGAUACAAUUGGAGAAAAUAUGGACAAAAACAAGUUAAAGGAAGUGAAAAUCCAAGAAGUUAUUACAAGUGCACGUACCCCAAUUGCCUAACAAAGAAGAAAGUAGAGAGAUCUUUGGAUGGACAAAUAACUGAGAUAGUUUACAAAGGAACCCACAAUCAUCCUAAGCCUCAAUCUACCAGGAGAUCAUCUUCUUCAUUCUCAUCAGCUUCCAAUCAGGCAAUGAUAGCUUCUAAUCUUGCAUCAAGUGAGAUGCAAGCUCAGUCACUUAUCACCCAUGGCAGUAGACAAAUGGACUCUGUUCCAACCCCUGAGAACUCUUCAAUAUCAAUGGAGGAUGAUGAUUUUGAUUCACAGAAGAGUAGAUCCAGGAGUGAUGAAUUGGAUGAAGAUGAACCAGUGGCCAAAAGAUGGAAAGCAGAAGGUGAAAAUGAAGGAAUUUCAGCACCUGGAAGUAGAACAGUGAGAGAACCUAGAGUUGUGGUUCAAACCACAAGUGAUAUUGACAUUCUUGAUGAUGGAUAUAGAUGGAGGAAAUAUGGACAGAAAGUGGUCAAGGGAAAUCCAAAUCCUAGGAGCUACUACAAGUGUACAAGUCCAGGAUGUCCUGUAAGAAAACAUGUUGAAAGAGCAUCACAUGAUCUCAGGGCAGUGAUCACAACUUAUGAAGGGAAACACAACCAUGACAUUCCUGCUGCUCGCGGCAGCAACUCUGUGAAUAGGCCAUUGCCUGAGAACUACAAUGGCAGAAGCAACAGCAACAACAAUGCAGCAGCUAUGGCCACAAGGCCAUCGUCUGUGAACCAUCCCCAAGCACCAUUUUCAUUAGAGAUGUUUCAGAAUCCAGAAAAUUUUGCAUUCUCAGGAUUUGGUGAUCCUGUGGGUUCUUACACUAAUCAAUCAUUGUCAGAGCAUGUUUUUUCCAGAGCCAAGGAAGAACCAAGGGAUGACAUUUUCCUGGAAUCAUUGCUGUGCUGAAAAUUAUCAGAAAGAAUAUGAGAAGAAAGAUCAAUUUCAUUUGAUUGUUUUGGGGCUCUUAUCCCUUAGUAUUAUGAGCCUUGAUUCAAUUUUUGUAAUCUCUCUAUUACAUAAAAAUAUUUUUUUUUACUUUUA